AUGGCGUUUAUCGCUCGAAACGCGAAAAUGCUCACCGGAACGACACCGUUCCUUCAAAGAACAGCGACGAUGACGUCACUGGCCGCAAACACUGGCUCACAACCACCGGCGAUGACGUCACCGGCGGGAAUAUCGAAACCAGCUGAAUAUGUGAUAUCUAAAGUAGACGAUCUGAUGAAUUGGGCUAGGCGUGGUUCAAUUUGGCCUAUGACGUUUGGAUUGGCGUGUUGUGCUGUUGAAAUGAUGCACGCUGGUGCUGCGCGUUACGAUUUCGAUCGAUUUGGGAUUAUAUUUAGACCUAGCCCUAGACAAUCUGAUGUUAUGAUUGUUGCUGGUACACUUACCAACAAAAUGGCACCUGCUCUACGCAAGGUCUAUGAUCAAAUGCCCGAGCCAAGGUGGGUCAUUUCAAUGGGGAGCUGUGCAAACGGUGGAGGGUACUACCAUUACUCAUAUGCUGUCGUGCGAGGCUGUGACAGGAUUGUCCCUGUCGACAUUUAUGUUCCAGGUUGCCCACCUACUGCCGAGGCCCUUCUGUACGGAAUUCUUCAACUUCAGAAGAAGAUAAAUAGGCGCAAGGAUCUCCUUAUGUGGUGGACUCAAUAAGAGCUUUAUAUGGCCUUUGCCCAGUACUUACUAUGCAAGGGGAGAGAUCAUCUUGUUUUUCUUUUGAGUGAACUAUGGGUCUCUCUGAACCUUCUAUGCUUAUUUUGUAUGUUAAUCCUAUAUUUAGUGGUACGAUUUAAGCUUUCUGCAGUUGAUACUUUAAUAAAGCUGCUGUGCAUCCUCUAAAAAAUGAGGAAUGGAUUGCAGCCGAAUUCAAAUGUUUUGGUUGUGAAGUGUAAUUGAUAGAUUGAAACUUGAACCCA